AUGUCGGAUGUUAAACAAUUACUUAAAGAAGCUAAGCAAGGACUGAAAUGUCGAGACUAUGAGGAAACCAUUGAGAUAUCAGAAAGGGUUCUUAAAUUAGACCCUGAUAAUUACUUUGCACAUAUCUUUCUAGGGAAAGCAUUGUCGAGUCUUCCAACAAACAAUGAUGUCAGUUCAAAUUCUAAUUUACAGCGAGCCACUACUCAUUAUAUAUCUGCUACGAAGCUGCUUCCUGACAAUCUUCUAGCGUGGAAAGGUCUUUUCCUUUUAUUUAAGACCACUGAGGUUGUUCCAGAUAUACUUUCGUAUGAUGAAUAUUUUGAUUUGUGUGGUCAAUAUGCAGAUGCACUCUUAAAGCAGGAACAAUCUCAAGUAGAACUAGUAAAUGACAUAAAACUACUAAAGAAAACACACCCAGAUUGCCAAAAGGCUUUUUACCAGCAUUUGAAACCUGGAUCGUUAAUGGCAGAAACUAUCGGUCGUCAUUUGUCUACAUCCCAGGAUGCCUUAUUAAAUCUUAUAAGGAUAUUGACAAAUACCGAAACCACGGAAAUUGGUAAGGCCGUUAGUCAGAACAGGCUGAAAUUAAAAGCUAGUGAUCCUGAUUAUCAAAUUAAAUUAAACUCAUUUUCUUGGGAAAUAAUUAAAAAUUCAGAAAUUGAUCAGCUAUACAACCAGUUGGUAAAUAUUCUCACUGAUGAUCAGUUAAGAAGUGAAAUUGAAAACCAGUGGCUAGAGUACAGAAUGAAAGUGUUAAAGUCAAUGCCGUUGGAUGUAAAAAAGGAUUUUUUUACAAAAGUUAAGAAUAUGGUCGAAGAUAUGGUUCUUGUAAACCAUCAAUCGUUGCUUGCGUGGCAAAAGUUUUUUGAGUGGACAGAUUACGAAGAUUUAGAUAACAUGGAUGCUGCACUGAUACUAAAGUACUUCAAGAAAUUUCCUAAAGAUCCGUUGGCCAUGAUUCUUUAUUCUUGGCUUUCUUCAAAACUAUCCAAGUAUGAUGUCAAGAGUUUGGAAUCGGCUAGCCAAUCAUCGGGAAGUAAUAAUAACGAAAAGAAGGAAGCAGACAUCAAGGUUAUAGACGAGGGUGAUGAACAUGAAGUUAAAGAUCAUGGUGAAAAUGAAACAAAAGAAGAUGAUGAGGAAGACCUUGAUGACAUAGAAAUCGGUUUGCUAGAAGAUGAAGUUGUGACUGUAUUAACGGAAAAUAUUCUCAAGUGUAAGAAUAACAUUUUGGCGCAUCGAAUCCUCUGUCAAUAUUAUUUACUCACCAAAGAGUAUGAGGCAGCAUUGCCAUAUAUUAAAAAUGGUAUUUCUCUGAUUGCCUACAAUAUAAAGGAUUUAGGGGUUUUUUUGCCAUUAACCAAAAGAGAAUUUUCUCUGGAUUUGGCCACUGUUUAUACAUAUGUCGAUGCUCCGAAGGACCACAAUGCUGCAUUAAGGUUAUAUGAUAACAUUUUGUCUGGUGAUUCUGACAACAUACAAGCCAAAAUGGGUAAAGGUAUAAUCUUUAUUGAAAGGAAGAACUGGAAAGAUGCUAUGACAUUACUAACCGAGGUACAUGAACAAUCUCCUGACAAUCUGGAAGUUUUAUCCGAACUUUCAUGGAGUAAGGCCCAUAUGGGUCAAAUGGACGAGUCACUGAUUGGUUUGGAUACUGUUGUAAAGGCUAUUAAGGGUAUGGAUUUACGUUCAAUAGAUUUUAGAGCACUAAACUUAUGGAGACAAGCCAAAGUUUACAUCAUGAUACAUACCUCCAGCAGCGACCCUCAACAGGAAAAUAUUAAGCGCGCAUUUAAACUGCUCAUUCAAAGUAUUAAAAUCUUAGAUACUUUUGCCCCUGGGUUUUCCACAUUAGGCGAUAUCUAUUGCCACUAUUAUAAAGACCAUUCAAGGGCUUUUAAGUGUUAUUUCAAAGCCUUCGAUCUAAACGCGGGUGAUUAUACGGCCUCGAAGUAUAUUACCGAAACCUAUGCAAACAAGCCCAAUUGGCAAGCUGCAUCCUCCAUCGCCUCAAGGUUAAUCAAAGGUGAAAAGGCGAAGGCAGAACUGCGUAAGAAUAAUUGGCCAUUUAGGGUCGUGGGAAUUGCACACUUGGAGAAACAGGAGGAAAGCGAUUCUAUAGAGUGGUUUCAAUCUGCUUUACGCAUCGAUCCGAAUGAUGUUGAGUCAUGGGUAGGCCUGGGACAAGCUUACCACGCGUGUGGUCGUAUAGAAGCGUCGAUUAAAGUUUUUGAUAAAGCAAUUCAGUUAAGACCCUCUCAUACUUAUGCACAAUACUUCAAGGCUGUUUCUUUGUGUGACAUUGGUGAAUAUCUCGAAAGUUUAGAGAUUUUAAAAAAAGUAUGCCAAGAAGAUUCAACAGAAGAAUCAUUCCAAAGUGCUCUAGUGGAAGUUCUUAUGAAGUACUCCUUGGAUUUAUAUUCCCAAGGAUUUUUGCUCAAAUCAGUUUCAAUCGCCAAUGACACCAUUGAGAGGAUCAAGGUGAUCAUAACCGAAUUGAAAUGCAUUAAUCAACGGGUUUGGAUAUGUCUUUCACAAGUUUUAAGACUAUUCAUUUGGAUAGAGUCAAAAGUUGAUACUUUACCAGUCGAAUCGCUAGUAUCAAUUUUUGAAACUUCUGAACUUUCUGGGAGUAAAGAAAUCGAUUCCAUUGACGAUAUCAAAAUCGAAACUCUACUUGAUAGUACUAUUGAUGAUAAUGUGUCCAUUGCGUGCAAGUUUUUGAUCCUUGCUUCAAAAUACAGUGUCUCCAACGAAAACUUUUCGGAUAUUGCCGGAAUAGUUAGAGCCUCAUACUGGUAUAACAUCGGUAUAUCUGAGCUCACUGCAUUCAUAACCUUGAAAGAACCACAGUAUAAAAAUGCUGCUGUUUUUGCUUUCAAGAAAUCGAUUCAGUUACAAUCUAAUGCAAGUGAAACUUGGAUUGGACUAGGAAUAGCAACCAUGGAUAUAAACUUUCGCGUCUCACAACAUUGCUUUAUCAAAGCAACUGCUUUGGAACCUAAAGCUACGGAUACUUGGUUCAACUUAGCUAUGUUGGGUUUGAAGAAAAACGAUGCUGAGUUCGCUCAACAAGUUCUUAAUAAACUACAAAGCCUUGCCCCACAGGAUUCUUCACCAUGGCUAGGAAUGGCCUUGAUCCUCGAGAAACAAGGAAACGUUAUUGAAAGUUCUAAGCUGUUCGCCCACUCCUUCAUAUUAUCUAAUGGAAGAUCAAAGGCCGCGCAAUUUUUGUAUGCUAAAAAUGUUCUCGAAAAUCACAUUAAUAAUGGUGAUGACGAAAGAGAUAUUGAGAUAGUGGAAAAACUAACCACUACUUCAAUAGCUUUAGAGCAGUUUUUUAAGAAAAGCCCCGAAAAUCCAUUUGCUCUUCAGUGUGCUUUGUUAACUCUUGAAAGGUUACAUCACUAUCAACAUGCAAACGAACUCGCAAAUCGAUUAAUAGGAAUAUUGGAGAAAAGGUUUGAGAAAACUCAGGAUGAAAGAGAAUUAUUUACUUUUGGAAUAAUUAAGGGACAGUUUGCCCGUAUUCACCUAGGCUUAGGAAAUUUUGAACUCUCUAUAGAAAACGCAGAGCUUUCUCAAGGUAUCAUAUCUGAAUCUAGCGAUCGAAAUUCAAUGAAAACCAAAAUAUCCAAUCAUAUUUGCCUCGGCUUAAGUCAUUUCUUUCUCAAUGAAUUUGAUCAGACUUUAAGCCAAUUCCAAGAACUACUCAGUGUCUCGAAGGAUUCCAAGCAUUUGGUUAUUUUAAUCGCGAAGGUUCUUUAUGACGUAGGUGAGUCAGAGGCAAAGGAAAUUGCUUUGCAAGAACUAACAGAAUAUAUAACCAUUAAAGGAGCGGAUUUGCUAAUUACACUAACCAUUGCAGCUAUGUCAAUCUUGGACGGUAAGCGCGAAGAUUUAAGUAUUAUUUUGGAGGAAUUGAAAGCUUUACCACUAUCGAGUCAAAUAAUUGAUAAGCACAAAGACGCGCCAUAUUUGAUAGAAGAGAUUACAAAAAGGCUUCAUUUUAAUGAUACCGGUAAACAAGUAUGGCAAAGAAGUGCAUACUUUUUCCCAAAUAAUCUGAAGGUUUGGGAGAUGCUAAAUAAGACUAUUCAACGUAGAAUAGCAUCUGAUGGUCAAAACAAAGUGACUGCGGAAGAUAUGAGUAUAUUGUACUGUGAAACUAAAAAUUUAAGAAGCGUUCAAAGGGGUAUGUUUCUAUGCCCUUGGAAUGCAUCUGCAGUGCAAGCUUUAAGGGAAUGUUUCUAG